CUUUUUUGACAGUAAUUUUAAAUGUCCCAAUAGUGCUCUAGUCUAUAUAGAAUUUAUUAAUUUGGCAGGGAAUAUAUACAAUUUAAGAUGUCUGGGUCUGGUCAUAAACACCGCUACAAGAACACAGCACUCGAUAGUGUUGAAUUGAGGCGGAGGAGGGAAGAAGAAGGUGUUCAGCUGCGUAAAGCUAAAAGGGAGCAACAGUUAAAUAAAAGAAGAAAUGUCAAUAUUAAUCAGUUGCAAGAAGAAGAUGUUCCAUUGGAAGAUGUAUCAUCUCCAUUGACCCCAGGAAUUACAGCUGAUAUGGUGCACGAUCUUUAUAGCAAUGACAUUGAGAAGCAACUAUCAGCCACACAGAAAUUCAGAAAAUUACUGAGCAGGGAGCCAAACCCGCCAAUUGAUGAAGUGAUUCAAACAGGAAUCGUGCCCAGAUUUGUUGAGUUUUUACAAAACACCACCAAUUGUUCAUUACAGUUUGAGGCAGCAUGGGCAUUGACAAAUGUGGCUUCUGGAACUUCUCAACAAACUCGAAUGGUCAUUGAAGCUGGAGCUGUGCCUAUUUUCAUUGCUUUGCUUGGAAGUCAAUAUGAAGAUGUUCAGGAACAAGCAGUUUGGGCUCUAGGCAACAUAGCAGGUGACUCCCCAGAAUAUCGCGACUACGUUCUUGAUCAAGGAAUUUUAGUCCCACUUUUGCAAGUGCUUGGCAAAUCCAACAAGCUAACGAUGACUAGAAACGCGGUCUGGGCCGUGUCUAACUUAUGCAGGGGCAAAAAUCCGCCACCGGAUUUUACCAAGGUCUCUCCAGCGUUGCCAGUCUUGUCGCGCAUACUGUUUCACAACGAUUCGGAUGUGUUGUCGGAUGCUUGCUGGGCACUCAGUUAUCUGUCAGAUGGACCCAACGAGAAAAUACAAGGAGUUAUUGAUGCAGGCGUAUGCCGCCGUUUGGUCGAAUUGCUGAUGGCAUCGCAGCCAAAUGUAGUCUCGGCUGCUCUAAGGGCAGUCGGAAACAUUGUAACAGGCGACGACGUACAAACUCAGGUCAUCCUGAACUGCCAAGCGUUGCCAUGUUUGCAGCAUUUGCUGUCUUCGCCCAAGGAAGCCGUAAGGAAGGAGGCCAGCUGGACUAUCAGCAACAUUACUGCAGGCAACCGACAGCAAAUCCAGGCGGUAAUCGAUGCAAACAUAUUUCCUGUCUUGAUAGAAAUUUUAUGCAAGGCGGAGUUUAAGACGAGAAAAGAGGCGGCUUGGGCGAUAACUAACGCCACCAGUGGCGGCACACCCGAUCAAAUCCGGUACUUGGUCAGUCAAAACUGCAUCGGACCGAUGUGCGAUCUGUUGACCGUGAUGGACACGAAAAUCGUACAGGUCGCCCUGAACGGUCUGGAGAACAUUUUGCGAUUAGGCGAACAAGAUGCUAAAACCAAUAACGGCGUCAAUCCAUAUGCCGUGCUUAUCGAAGAAUGCUAUGGACUGGACAAGAUCGAAUUCCUUCAAUCUCACGAAAACAUGGACAUAUAUAACAAGUCCUUUGAAAUAAUUGAACAUUUCUUCGGCGGAGAUGAAGAGGACUCAAACGUGGCCCCCUCGAUAAAUCCGGAGCAACAGCAGUACACGUUCAGUUCCGAUCAGUCGGUCCCCAUGGGCGGUUUCCAGUUUUAAUUAGUUACCAGUUAAGUGCCCCCUCAUAGCGAAUUAAAUAAAACUGCAAACUCAAGACAAUUUUUAAUUAUUUUAGAAACAAGAAAGGGAAUUUAUUUCUUUGUGAUUUAGUCCAUUUGACAUAUUUGUAUAUAAAAUCUGCCACCGACUACCUAUGUAAUUCUAAGUAAAUAUAUGUUAUGAUUAAGAAUUUUUAAUAUAUACUCUUUAAAGUGUGUGUAUAUUUAGUCUUGAGUAGAGAUUUAACGGCUCCGAAAAAAAACUUUUUUUAGUGAUGCAGCGGUUACGAUUACGAAAACGUUUACGAUUCUACAUCCAAUAUUUUUUUAUUGUAGUUAGGGUUGCCAGCUUCACCUCACAUGACCCGGAAUAUAGAUUUCUCAGAAAAUUUUAUUCCUGAUAAAAGUUUUUGCUUGAUUUCAAACCCCCAGAAUAUGUGACACAUCAUUUAUGGUUAAUUUGCAAUAUUGAUUUUACUGAACAUUUUUAAUUGAAAAUUGUUGAUAAAAAUCAUGUUUGGUCAGAUGUAAUUAAUUUUUACAUAAAAUAAAACGGCGUUAAAACUAUUUUUGUCGAUAAAUUUAUAUGUAAAAGCUUUGAACAUGUCAAUAGAAUCGAGAAUUUGAGAAUGAAAUAUUAUUUUUAACCUGGGGAACCCGAAUAUUUUAUUUCCAAACCCGGAGCCCAGAGAUUUUAUUGUAAACCCGGACCAGACAAAAAACCGCAGACUUCGGGUCAAACCCGGAGAUCUGGCAACCCUUAUUGCGAUUAAUAAUCGAAAGGUAAAUAUAUAAUACCUAUAAAUAUAGUUAAUAUUGAUGAAAUCAAUAUUCAAAAUCAACAUAAAUUAUUUUUUUUUAAAAGC